AUGGCAUUCGCAUUUAUAUCUCUCCUACCUAUUGCGGGCGCUAAGAGAGCGUUGGAAAACCUAGGAAGAGGAGUGGUAGCGGUCCGUUCCUCCGAACAGGAGGUCUUUAUCUCAUGGAGACUGCUUGCUCUUGACGAUGCUGAUAUCGGCUUCAACGUCUACCGCGCUAGUAACGGCGGCAACUCCGAGAAGAUCAAUGGAGAUAUUCUGACUGGAGGAACCAAUUUUGUUGAUAGUACUGCCGAUUUUGGAGUAUCAAAUGUCUAUCACGUUCGAUCUGUGGUUGACGGCAAAGAAACCGAUGAAAGCCAUCCUUUUACUCUUAGUGGCGACAGCGCCGCUGAACCACUGGUGCGAUUUCCAGUCAAAGACACUGGCCCUAUCCGCUACCUCUGGGUAGGAGACUUGGAUGGCGAUGGCGAAUACGACUAUGUGCUCGAUCGAACGACCGACAGGCAAUCCAUUGAGGCCUACCAUAGGAAUGGGACACUUCUUUGGACUGUGGCCCUGGGGCCCAACAGCGAAAAUCAGAACAAUAUAAGCCCUGGAUCGACUGCAAUAAGCGUUGGGCACUGGGAUGGCGUCACUGUCUACGACUUUGAUCAAGAUGGAAAGGCCGAGGUCGCACUUCGCAUCGCAAACGGCGUCACCUUUGGAAAUGGCGAGACUUUUGAGAACGCUGACGACAAUGAACAAUUCAUGGCUAUCCUAAACGGCGAAACAGGGGCACUGCGUUCCAAGGAACGUAUUCCCGAUGACUUCAUCGCUGACGGUCCGUUGGCCGCCCGCCUUGGUGUUGGGUACCUAGAUGGGCAAACACCUCACUUAGUCGCCUAUAUGAAAAACCGAAGGGAAGACAAAGGGUUUAAUCUCAUGUACACUGCCUGGACAUUUGAUGGCGAAAAAAUCAAACUCGCUUGGAAGUGGCUGCGACCCGAAACUGGUACCCUCAGCGAUGGCCACAAUACUCGCAUCAUUGACGUUGAUGGAGAUGGCAAGGAUGAGAUUCACGAGAUUGGUUUCUCGCUUAACGGCGAUGGAUCUCUCAGAUACAAUCUUUCGGCUCAUGGAGUUGUUCACGGCGACCGCUUUCAUAUUGCCAAGAUGGACCUUGAGCGUGACGGCCUGCAGGGCUACGGAAUCCAACAAGAUAAUCCUAGUCUCUUGAUGGAAUACUACUAUGACGCUGACAAGGGCUCUCUAAUUUGGGAACACUAUGGAAGCGAAGUUGGAGAUGUAGGCCGUGGAAUGGCCGGCGACAUCGAUCCAAAUUAUCCCGGCAUGGAGGUCUGGUCGUUUGAGGGAGUCUACAACGCUGCGGAGAACAAGCUCACCUCUGCUGAAGGAGCUGGUCCAUGGCCGCAUCUUGGUCUCUUCUGGGAUGGCGAUAACUUGAUGGAGCUUUUCAACGAUGGGAAGAUUGAGAAAUGGAACCCAUCAACUCAAGGUGUUGACCGGCUCGUCACAAUAGGACAUUAUGGAGGCAAGCCAGCCAAUGGAGUCAAUCCCGCCUUCCAUGGUGAUAUUUUGGGCGACUGGCGUGAAGAGGCGAUUGUUGUGAAUGAGAAUUACACUGAGCUGCUGAUCUUCACGACGAAUGUUGAGACUGAUAUUCGUCUCUACACGUUGCCGCACAAUCCAGCUUAUCGCAACUCUAUGACUUUGAAAGGAUAUGUUCAGUCCCAUCAUGUGGACUACUUUAUCGGGCAUGGAAUGGAGACGCCACCAACCCCCGAUAUCACUUAUGUGGGCGUCUAA